GAGAACGAACAAUUUGUGAAAGGUAGAAAGUGGUUUUGACGGGAAAAAGACCUCCACACUUCCUUGGAUGAGGGAGCCUUCAUUUAACUGUGAAUCACCACAUCAAACGGCCUUAUAAUUGGCAGCGUUUGGCCGCUAGAUUUUAACAAGGGCCACAAUGAAAUUACCGAGUCGAAACUAAAUCUCCAUUGGUGCUCACUUUCUCAAGGCAAGUUAUUACGUUUUGUCGAAAUCUCGCAUAACGUUUCAUGUGGACGAUGAGUUCUGGCGACGAAGAGAACGAUGAAGGUAUUGAACCUGGGCUUAUUGACGAAACGGACCCCGUGUUCCGUUCUGUCGCCGAGGCGGACGUGAGCUUGGAUGAAAUGAUGAGUUUGGCAUGUCGGCAAGGCAAACUCGACAUCGUGGAGUUGUUGUUGGAAAGCGGAGCCCAUGUUGACUAUCGAAACAAGGCGGGGAAUACACCUUUGUUGGAGGCGUGCAGUCAGGGACACGUCGAUGUGGCACGUUAUUUGUUGGACCACAACGCCAACAUUGAUGCCCCCACGGAGACCACUUCUGACAGUGCCCUCACUUGGGCUUGCACCCUUGGCAACGAGGCCAUCGUGGAGUUGCUGCUGGAAAGGACGUCUGAUGUUGAACACCGAACUAAAGAUGGUUGUACAGCUCUGAUGUUUGCAGCUUUGGCUGGUCAUGUGAAAGUAGCUGCCAUGUUGCUUGAUCAUGGAGCCAAGAUCAAUGUUGAGUCAGAUAGCAAUAAGGAUAGCCCCCUUACCUUUGCAUGUUGGAAGGGGCACUGUGAUGUUGUUGAGCUGCUUCUGGAGAGAAAUGCCAACAUUGAGCACCGUACCAAGGAAGGGUUCACUCCUCUUAUGUUUGCUGCUCUUGGGGGACAUACUGAUGUUGCGCGCAAGUUACUCGAAAGGAAGGCAAAGGUCAAUGUACCAAGUGGAAGUAAUAAUGAUAUUCCACUGACAAGUGCUUGUUGGAAGGGUCACCAUGAUGUAGUUAAACUUCUGCUGGAGUUUAAUUCCAAUAUCGAGCAUCGCACUAAGGAUGGCUGUACCCCACUUAUGCUGGCGGCACGGGAGGGUCACUAUUCAGUGGCCAAGUUGAUUCUUGAUAGCAAUGCUGAAGUUAAUGUCCCCUCUGGAAGUGAAAAUAAUAUCCCACUUACAUUGGCUUGCUGGAAAGGUCAUACUAAUGUGGUGGAACUUCUUUUGGAACAUAAGUCAAACAUUGAGCAUCGCAAUAAGGCGGGUUGUACCCCUUUGAUGCUAGCCUCAAGGGAGGGCCAUGUAGAAACCACUCGUCUUUUGCUGAACAAAGGAGCGGAAAUAAACACACCUUCAGGGAGCAAUGAUGAUACACCUCUCACUCUGGCCUGCUGGAAAGGUCAUGUCGAUGUUGUCAAUCUACUUCUCAAACACAACUCCAAGGUUGAUCAUCAAACUAAAACUGGCUGUACACCUCUUAUGGAGGCUACAAGGGAGGGGCACGUGGCUGUGGCAGAACAGCUUCUUGCUCAUGGUGCUGAUGUAGAACUUCCUGACAACUAUGGUCAAAGUCCUCUAUUUAUGGCCUGCUGGAAAGGUCACAGAGAUGUUGCAGAACUUCUUCUUGAAAAUGUUGCAAAUAGAGACUGCCGAACAAAAACUGGUAUCACCCCACUGUUCCAGGCAUGUCGUGAAAAUCAUGUAGAUGUGGUAGAACUGUUGUUGGAUUAUGGAGCCAGUGUGAAUGCACCAUUCCCAAACAGCAGGGAAAACCCACUGACUCUAGCAGGGGAGAAAGGUCACGUUGAGCUUGUCUCCCUGUUACUAAGCAGGAAUGCAAAUGUUGAGUGUCACACCAAGAAAGGCUGUACUCCAUUCCAUCUGGCUUGUAAAGAAGGUCAUUUAGAAAUCGGUGUACAGCUUCUUGAGAAAGGAGCAGAUACAGAGGCUACUGACUCCCGAAACAACACUCCUCUUGUUGCGUCCAUGAAGAAUGGACAUGUGGAGGUUGUGGAGUGGUUACUGAAUGUUGUCAAUCAUCUUCCGUCUGAAGAUCAGUGCCAAAAGUGUCUCGUCGCACCUGUGGACGAUAAAGAAAAACAUGACGACAUGAUGCUUGGAAGAACAAAGUGCUACGACUUGGUCACCAAGGCAAAGAAGGCAAGGGAACAGAAAGUACAGAGGAAUACAGAGAUCUUUUUGAGGGAACUCGAACACGAGAAAGAGAAAGAAGACAUCAGGAAGAAGAAGGCAGCAGCAAAACGAAGAGACAAGAGGAAAAGAAAGAAAGCAGCCAAAGACAGCGAAACAUUGUGUGGAGUACAAGUGGGCGAGGACUUACCGCUUGAGAACAGACCGCAAGAGAUGGCGGAUGACUUCGACCACGAUCAAGAGGAUAACGUGGGUGAUGUUGUGGAUACCACACGAGAGCCGUGCUCUGAAGAACUACUUACUGAAAAUAACCACCAGGAAAUGAAAACAGAUGAGAAAGAAUACCUCCUCGCACAAGACGCUUUGAAAAAUAGACAGAUUGCUGAUGAUGAUAGAAAUAAACUCAAGAUUUGUCCCAGUAAUAAGAGAUCUACUCUUGAUAGCGGGCAUGCAAAGCCUAAAAGACCUCUCAGCAGCACAGGGGAUGUGUCGACGCCGCAGAACUCUCUUUGCCCUCAUCAAAAGGGCCGUGCUCGAAGUCAGAGUGCAGGGAAAGAAACAGAGUUGAAGAAUAACACUUUGCCAGAUAAAAAUUCUAGAAAGAAAAGCGAUGAACCUGCCAAGAUCACUAAAAAGAAAAUCAUUCCUUCGAACAGCGACAAAGCGGACUCUGUAAAGACGCAGAAAAUUGAGUUGAAGACUAAAACAACCAGCGAGGUAACACAGUCAGUGACGGUGAAUUGUGUGAAACCAGACGUGAAACAGCAAACCAAGGCUGAAAAGCCGUCGUCGAAGAAAGAAUCAUCCGAAAAGGCGAAUAGCUCUGCGAGCAGUCCUAAAAAGAACUCGUACAGCAAGCAGCAAAAUGUCGGAAAUACAUCUUCUGUGGGUGACAAAUCGUCCAAUUCAAAGGAUUCUAGCGUCAGUGGAGCGGCAACGGCUAAAAAGUCUUCCGAUGCAACUCAGACAUUUGUUCGAAGAGGGAAAGACACCACAAAUGCUGUUGACAAUAAUACACCAACGACCUCCCCAGUCACUGACAGUAGGACUUCUACAAAGGGUACACUCGCUGCAGGACAUUCAUCAAGUGGUAGCAACAAAACAACACCUUCUGAAGGAGAACGGGAACAUAAACCAGUACAUUCACCAAGGUCAAAACAACAGCACUCCCAGCUAGGGAGAGGUGAGGAUAAUUGGAAAGAAGUCACAAGGAGUACAAACUCGAAGACAGUAAUGUAUCAACUGACAGCUCCCAAUGCAAUAUGUGGGCGUGUCAUUGGUCGUGGAGGGAGCAAAAUCAACUCCAUAACAGAAGAAUCGGGUGCACAAAUAACGAUUGGAAAACCAGAACCAAAGAAUCCAACGGACAGAGUUAUCACCAUCAAGGGGUCCAAUAAAGCUGUCCAAAGAGCGAAGUUCCUUGUCACACAAGCGUUAAACACGCCCAGUACAAUUGGACAAACGACAUCCUCUGUGUCUACGGCGACCACAUCUAACGCAAUGUCAUCCUCAGACAGGACACAAACCAGCACUUCUCCAGCUCCUGUUCGAGGCAACUAUGCUGCGAUUCCUUCAUCAUCAUCUUCAUCUGAAUGGCCUACCAUUGAACAGGCUAACAAUAUGGCUGUACAGGCACCAGCAGCGAAGCCGACCGCUCCUAACAGGAACGACAAACCCAGCGAAGGAACGAAAAGUUCACCAGAGCUAAGCGACGGCAGUCAAGAAGUGUUUGAAGAUGCAGUUGUAGCUUCAGCAGAUGUGGUUGUGAGCGGCACAGAAACAUCCAGUAUCUUUGCAACUUCGACGCCUGUUGUUGCAGACUCUACACAAACCACUUCAUCCGCUUGGAAACCGUACAGACAAUCGUCGCCUCAAAGCAUGGGCGCUUGUACCAGUGCGGUUACAACGAGCGGCAGUAGCAGUAUGACGGUGGCUAGUUCGCAGGAGUCAAUUGGCAGGCUGAUGAUAGAAAAACACAAUGGUGAUAUGCCAGCGCCGCACAGACCUUUCCAUUUGCAGGGCACGUCCUGUGUGCAAGCUCAAGCUCAACCCAGAAAUAACCGCUUAAGUGACAUGCAGGGACUGGACCCCGUCACGUUACACGAAAGCUGGGAACAAAAGGUCUCUUCGUCAUCAACAUCGACGUCAGUGGCAACAGUGUCAAUCAGCACGAGUGCUGUCACGACUGCAAAUCAUCGAGAUCAUCACAUUACACCCGAAAACCCAUUUGGAGUCAUCGGGGAAGUCUCUGUGGCCACCUCAGCUUAUCAGACUGAAGCUGCUGUUCCCGACUUCAAUUCUCAGCAGGAAAGCUUACUACAGAACAGGGUCUCUUCUUCGUCUGGGGAUGCGACAACUUCCGGUUUAUUACAGUCUCCCAGGGAGAGAAACAAGUCAAAGUUGCCCAGUUACUUUAGUUCUUGGGCUUCACAAUCGUCAGGUUUCUCCGACAUAAGUUCAGACAGUAUCACCUCUGGUAGAAAAUUAGAGGGUCCGCUUCCUGGAAUGAAUAUUUUUACUAGCAGCCUUUUCAGCACUGGGUCUCUGUCGUCAUAUCCUUGGUCUACCGGUGAAGAUAGCCGUGAACACGAAGAGCGAGCUCGCAGUAUCAGCUGGUCUGGACAGCAGCAUGAUUAUCAAGGAGAACAUCAAUUCAUUUCACCUGUGAAAGAAAAGUUUUCUCCUUCAUCUCAGAAGUCAGGAUCAGAUGCGGCAACAGUCAACCUGAGGGCGUCUGACCUUCGUGGUGACUCUGGAACCUUCAAAUCACUGUCCUCGGGCAUUUGGGGACCUGUGUCGUCACAGCCUCCGCAUGCCACAUCCCUGUCAGUUGUGUGCGAUGACAGUACUCCUGAUAAACAGGCUUGGAACAACUCGGACAGCACAAGUAGCAGUAGAAGUAGUAGCCGGCAGGAGCUUUCCUCUAUCAUGGACAGUGACUUACCCCCGAGUAACAACGUAUGGAAUUCGUCCGCGUUACUCGAGGACAUGACACCCACCCCCCAGGAGGCUCAAGGAGGAAUCAAUACGGCGCUGUCAGAUCAGGGUGUACCGACUGGCUCACAGUGGGUCCCAGGCAGAGGAGCUUACAGUGCCCCUUCGUCACCCUCCCUUCCACGUGCACACAAUCUCCCCGAGUCUGCACCCCCUUCUAUGGGAGGACGCCCCUCGGUUGACGACUUCGCUGUGCGGUCGUGGAAUUCCAAGCGGAGGAGUCCACGGUCUUUAAGCAGUAGCGAGCCAUCCACUGCCUGGAAUGAGAACCUUCCUGCUCAACCGAGACGCUCAAGCGUGGAUCUUUCGCAGCCGGGUGGUGGUGAGAAUAGUAUUCCUGCUCAUCCCUGGCAACAGUAUUCGCGUCUACCACAGGGAUACCCUCCUGGCUUGACGAUGAGGGAAAACUGGCGGGAACAGCAAGGCCCUGUGGGCAAUUCAGAGAUCAAUCAACUACUGCAGCGGCUAAGUCUGGAAAAAUAUGUACCCUUGUUUGAAGAACAUGGCAUCGAUGCAACACGGCUAUCUCAGAUGGUAGAGGAGGAUUUGGAAAAUCUCGGAAUACCAAAGGGUCCACGUCUGAAGUUACUUCAUGGUGCGAGGUGGUGCAGCGGAAACAACUUUCAAACCCCAGGAAAUGGAUUUGUGAAGACUGAUCCUCCACCGGCCAUAAUAACUUCGAAUAAGAAGCCCAGCAAAAUGGAACCACAGCCGAUGUUUAACAAUCAUAACCACAUCCUUCCUCAUCACAGUGAUACUCAUCUCUCGCCACUCGGACACAAAAAACAACAGCAAUCCUUGAAACAAACCCUCCACCCCUCGGUACUUCAGACAGCGAGUAACCAUGGAAACCAACAUCUGCUGUCGCUCAUGACGUCACCUGGUCGAGGGCUUAACCCCGCGCAGCACAUUGGGAUGGGAAGUCAUAACCACGCGAGUGGUCACACUCAUGCUGGUAGUCACGCAAGUAAUCUCCCUCCGCGCCCACACUCGGCCUCCGGAAGUAUGACCACCAGUCAGGGCUAUGCACCGGUUGUUUCCCACGGGGAUCAGGCGUUGCCGGGAGGUUACGUCCCGCAACAGGGGCAGUUUGUGAACCACAUGCCGUACACACAGGCCCCGCAAGUAUUUUACCCCGGCGGUUUCUACUACUUUUAUCCACAGCAACAGUAGAUUUUGUCUUCACGCUUAACUUAUUGAUUCAAAUCAUUAUUAUAGCUUCUACGUGGCACUUGUAAUUUAUGAUGUGAACGCGAUUAACAGUUGUCGGGGCUUGUGAAAAAUAACAAGAAAUGUUUAGAUGUAGAUUCAAUAUUUAGCGGAUUGAUGCAAGAAAGUUGGUUGAUGUUCAUGAAAGGAGAUCUCAUUAAAGUUCACUCAUUGAA